CUGAAGCAACGUCUCUAUCUAAGCGAAUGCAGUUCCUUUUGUUAAUUGCGAAGUUACUACUUUUCCUUGCUCACUCAUCACCAAUAACAGACUAUCGUAUUGGUGGAUCCAGUUGUCAUCCUCCCUAUUGUAGCCUAUAUUCACUGCCAGUUUGGAGAAAAAGUCUACUCAAGAAGCACUGAGAUAUCAUAUCAUUGCUAGGGAUAUUACUAAACUGAACUCUGGGUUGUCUUCUACUCCCUCCUCGUAUGCGCUCAUGGAGAGAGAGCAAAUGUUUUUGUCUCUCAAAAGCUUCCCAUAUCCUUUCAAUAAUGAAAGAUUCAAUGUUGUAGAAGUUUAAGCC